CUGGAAGCCACGUGAGGACGCGUGUCAGGUGCUGCCGAGGGGCCAGUGGCUGCAUUUAGCGACACCGAGGUUCCUGGUGACCCUGGCAGGAAGAGGUGCCGGCGAGGCGGGAGGCCAGCGCCGACUGGAGCCCGAACAAGGAAGAACAGGGGGCGGGGGGGGGGGGGGGGGGCAGGGCAGCUCGCUUGGGCCUAGGAGGCCUCUCGACUCCAAAGGCCCAGACGGACCCCAAAUGCCCCACCCGGCAGCCGUCUCCUGCCGUGCCCCCUCCCGCGCCGGGGGACCCCCGCCCCGCAGCACCUACAUCGCCGCCCGGCUGAGGACGCUCCCCUCCGAGCCCCCCACAGCGCCCCCACCCCCGGGAGGGCCGGCCUCGCAGUCGGUGGAGCGCCUCAAGGAGAUGAUCAAGGCCGGGAUGAACAUUGCGCGCCUCAACUUCUCGCACGGCUCCCAUGAGUACCACGCUCAGUCCAUCGCCAACAUCCGGGAGGCCGUGCAGAGCUUUGCAACUUCUCCGCUCAGCUACCGACCCGUGGCCAUCGCUCUGGACACCAAGGGACCCGAGAUACGCACCGGGGUCCUGCGGGGGGGCCCCGAGACGGAAGUGGAGCUAGUGAAGGGCUCCCGGGUGCUGGUGACCGUGGACCCGGCGUUCCGGACGCGGGGGGACGCGAACACCGUGUGGGUAGACUACCCCAAUAUCGUCAAGGUCGUGUCGGUGGGGAGCCGCAUCUACAUAGACGACGGGCUCAUCUCCCUCCAGGUGCAGAAAAUCGGCCCGGAGGGGCUGGAGACCCACGUGGAGAACGGCGGCGUCCUGGGCAGCCGCAAGGGCGUGAACCUGCCCGGAACCCAGGUGGACCUGCCGGGGCUGUCCGAGCAGGAUGCCCAGGACCUGCGCUUCGGGGUGGAGCAUGAAGUAGACAUCGUGUUUGCCUCCUUUGUGCGGAAAGCCAGUGACGUGGCUGCCAUCCGGGAAGUUCUGGGGCCGGAAGGACGGAACAUCAAGAUCAUUAGCAAAAUCGAGAACCACGAAGGCGUGAAGAGGUUUGAUGAGAUCCUGGAGGUGAGCGACGGCAUCAUGGUGGCUCGAGGAGACCUGGGCAUCGAGAUCCCACCUGAGAAGGUUUUCCUGGCUCAGAAGAUGAUGAUCGGACGCUGCAACCUGGCGGGCAAGCCCGUUGUGUGUGCCACGCAGAUGCUGGAGAGCAUGAUCGCCAAGCCCCGGCCGACCCGGGCAGAGACGAGCGAUGUAGCGAACGCUGUGCUGGACGGGGCGGACUGCAUCAUGCUGUCGGGGGAGACCGCCAAGGGCAAAUUUCCGGUGGAGGCCGUAAAGAUGCAGCACGCGAUCGCCCGGGAGGCCGAGGCUGCCAUCUACCACCGGCAGCUGUUUGAGGAGCUGCGCCGGGUGGCGCCACUGAGCCGGGAUCCCACUGAGGUCACUGCCAUCGGCGCGGUGGAGGCCUCCUUCAAGUGCUGUGCUGCUGCCAUUGUCGUGCUGACCAAGUCUGGCCGCUCAGCACAGCUGCUGUCUCGGUACCGACCUCGGGCAAUGGUCAUUGCCGUCACCCGCUCUGCCCAGGCUGCCCGGCAGGCCCACCUGUUCCGAGGGGUCUUCCCCGUGCUCUACAGUAAACCUCCAGAGGCCAUCUGGGCAGACGAUGUGGAUCACCGGGUCCAAUUUGGCAUUGAGAGUGGAAAGCUCCAUGGCUUCCUCCGCGUUGGGGACCUGGUGAUUGUGGUGACAGGCUGGCGACCUGGCUCUGGCUACACCAACAUCAUGAGGGUGCUGAGCGUGUCCUGAGAUGCCAUGCCCCGCUGACACAGCCCAACCCGGACCCCCACCCCCUCCACCCCACACCCCUACGGUCCCACGGCCGUCUUCUCUGCUCUCCUCCCUCCCUGCCUAGGCCACAUCUGCCAUCCAGCCCCAUCCCAGGGUGCCCCUUCCCCGCUCCAUUUCACGCAGGCCCCUUAAGUCUGUGUCCAAUUAAGCACCGGCCAUCUGGAAGCACCAGUCCUCCCGUCCCUGCACCCAAUGCUCUCAGCCUAAGAUGCUCUGAGCCUUUAAUCCUAGCUUAACUGGUUAAUUCUAUUCCUCCGGGCUUCCCACACUGGGGGGGGGGGGGUGCGGGGAGGAGGGGAACAGGGCCAUCAUGUCCACAGUCUCCACAAAGCCACCAUUUAAAAAAUGUUCCGUAUCCAUGCCGUCUGAUACCCUCAGUGUGGCCCUCAUGCAUCUCCUGGGGAGAAUGCCACCUCUUUCCUCACCGUGACACAGUGACGUCAAAGCACCGCCGUUCUGGGGGAAACUGGGGUAGACCAGUGCCGGGGAGCACAGAGAGCCGCGUGGGCUCAUCUCGUCACUGUCCUCACAAGUAGGCCGCUGCCUGGCUGUUCUCAUGCCCACCUCGUGCCUUGCUGGGUCAGAGGCCCCGCUGCUUCCUCCUGCACCCAGACAUUCCUUCCUGCCCACCUUGGUCCCCACACAACCCAGGAGCCAAGACAAGUAUCUCUAGCUUCUUUCUAAACCCAGCUGUUUGGGAGUGAUUAUACAACCCGGGACUCUUCACCCGAGAGAAAGAUGACUUAGGGUCCUGGCCCUGCAUUCUCUGAUACUGUAGAGCGGACAUGGGGCCUGGGACGUGGGGCAAGGGAUUUCCCUUGUGCCUGGGAAGGCAAAGGUACUGACGGGCCUGCCCUUCCCCGGGCUCGGAUGUCUCAGGUCCUCCCCUUACUCUCACCAAUGGUAAACUCUAAGCUCGGAACAAAACCCUUAAAAGUAGCAAGAGUCCACCCUUCUGCAGCUCCCUGUAGGGAGAGGGCUCAAUAUCGCUGCCUGCUGAUAGAGCUGAGCGAGGACCCUAUAAGGACAGGUAGGGAGGGAUGGAUCACGGAAUGGCUGAAUAAAAUGAAUUAAUGAUAAAUAAAACUAGCAAAUGAAUAAAUACAAUUA